UCAGGUGAUUUGGCAGUACACUGAUUUGUCAAUAGAAGAUCUCAGUGUCUGGACAAAAUUUAACUAGCUUCCAAAGCAUUCCUUUAAAGCUCAGUCACAGUGGAUUUAUUGGAACAGCGAUGGCUGAAGCUAAAGAUGUGAUGUCUAUAAGCGAGUUCUUUGCUGAGAAGACCCUAUUCGUAACUGGUGGUACAGGAUUCCUCGGUAAAAUUAUGAUAGAGAAACUUUUGUGGGCAUGUCCAUCAGUGAAGAAAAUUUACCUCUUGACAAGAAGUAGACGUGGCGUAAAACCUCAACAGCGUAUUGAUGAACUGUUGCAGACUAAUGUGAGUAUUUGUUCAGGUAGUUCAAAUAAAAUGAAUAAGUGAUUGAAUUUUAUGUUUGUGUCUCAUUGCCUUGGGCUUAGACCAUAAUAUUAUUUUAAUGCUUUUCUACAAAAUGUACUGUGCCAAGACAAGAAAGGUUCAAAAUACACUAAGGAAAAAUUAGCCUUUUUGUAAAGUUCUGAGUUUGUUAUUAGAAUACUUAUGCUGCUGAAAUCCACUUUAUAAUUUUUCCUUCUUAGUUCAGUUCAUAUUACUCAGUAAUUUAAUAAGCAUGAAACACAGUGUUUCAUCCGUAAUCCAGAAGUUACAAACCGAAGUUUUUAGGAGCAAUUAUUUUCUGCUGCCUGGAUAUUCAGAUGAAACACUGAAGAAAGUGUUGGAUGUGGCCACACAAAUGAGCUUGUUAUAAUAUAUUCUUGAAGAAAUUCAAAGCCAAAAUUUGCAAAAUUUUUAUGGUAAUAUUAUUGGUAUCCAAUAUCAGAACACUCUAUCCAUGGUUCUUCAGCAUGAAUAAAUUGUUAUGUUGAAGAGUCAAGGCAUAUAGCAAUGAUUGAAACAAAGUUUUGACCUGCGGCUAUAAUAGGUGAAGAAAAUUCAACUGUGUCAAUCUCAUGGUGCACAGAAAGUCAGUUUUACAGCUUGCCCUUUGGGCAAGCCUAAGCUAGUGUUUAUUAGCCCAAAUGUCUUUUCAACCAGCCCCAAAAACUUUUUGAUGAGGAGAAUUGAUUUCACAAUUCUUCCGUAAUAAAUUCUGUAAUAAAUUUACCGGUAACUUCUUCAAAAAACUUUAGCCUGAUAGUAAAAUCCACUAGCUCCAGGCUAUCGGACACGACUUUCUUUGCACAAUGCAAUUUUGUCCCCUCGUUUAAUUUACAUUUUUUUGUGUAGUGUAUAAAUUCUGUUAUUAAGUUGCAUAAUCCUUGAGAUCAAAGUUGACUGUUGUUUAGAAGUUGGUGUCUGGACAGGAAUGUCUUGUUGAGACUAGAAAUUGACUGUUCAGGAAACCCUGGUUUAAGGCAUGUGGCUAUUUUAAUAAAUAUUGUGCUUUUAAAAAAUUUCCCCUAUGUCUGCAAAUAAUACGGCAUUUUCCUCAUAAGAUGCAGCAUUGGCUCACUAAUAUUGCUUGAUAACAAAAACAACAAACAACAACAGAUAUAUUUGAGACGAGACUGCUUGUGAUACAUAAUUUUCCCACCAGCAAAUAGCUAUUAAGGAGAUAAAUUGAGGCAGAGGGAGGAAUGGUUUGAGGAGAAUGGACUAGACAAAAAUGGUGACACUUUUUAUAUAUGCAAUCCAGACCUCUCUUGGAGGACACUCCCGAAAACAGGCUUCAUAGAGGAAUCGAGUGUCGCCUAGGAAUUCCCUCAAAAACCCAUAUCUUUAAGAGACCUAAGCAAAUACAACAGUAAUGCUGAAGGUAAUAAUAAAAUAUUAUUCCGGUUUAGCUACUCUAAAAUUAAUGAUGGAUGUUGAAAAAUUCUCAUGAGUAUGAGUUAAAAUCUCUGGUGUCCAAAAGAACUGCAUGUGUGACAUUUUCAUUGCGAUUUUACAAGUAAAACCCUGCGCAUCCCAAAAUUUAACUCAAUUUUGAAUGCAAUUUUAAUCUGCAGCGGUUAGAAGAAAAGGUAAGUCCACCUCGGGGGCGGGGGGUGGGGGUGGAGGUGGGGACAGACUUAAUGCAAUAGCCUCAUGUACUUGUAUCUGUAGGUCUGUGUAGGAGUGUGAGCUGUAUUUUAAUCUCUUAAUUAUGUUCUUUUCAAGUGUAAUAAUUUCCUUUUUAAACAGGUUUUUGACAGAGUAAGAGAAAUGGGUGAUGACUGGAAAAGAAAAAUUGUACCUGUUGAAGGAGACAUUGCAGAGGAAAAUCUUGGGAUUUCUGAUGAAGAUUGGAAAAUGCUGCAAGAGGGUGUCGAAGUGGUCUUCCAUUCUGCAGCAACUGUUAGAUUUGAUGAGGAUUUGAAGUGAGUGUUUUUGUCUGUUGUCUUGAACUGAUUGAAAAAAUUAAAAUAAAUUCUUCAUAGUAAAGUGCACUUAAUUGAUCAUUGUGAACCAUUUGAACUGAUCAGAUCCAAACAGAUGAGCAAGCAAAAAGACCGUUUUUGAUAUAUUCCCGAGGCUUGGGGAAAUAAGACAAAAAGAAGUGUAUUAUCCAUUUCUGAGCCUCGAGAUGAUUUCUUUUGUUUUAUUUCCGCAAGUCUCGGAGUUAAGUGUGAAUUUUAAUAUAUCGAAACUGAUCUAUUAAAGUAUGUUUUCAAAAACUCGGAACAGAUAGCCAUCACUGUCUGUUCUUCCCAGGCACAUGUUCUGCAGGGCACCUCUUGGGUUGGCAGGGUGUAUAUGUUGUGGUUGUGGUUGUGGUUUAAUCUUUGGUUUAAUUUUUAUUUUCUUCUGUUUCGAAAUCAUUAUCAUCAGGGCUUGAAAAAACUCCCAUCCUGUUGUCUGUUUGUCCAGGACGAGUAGUUUUUCUUGUUAGGCAAGUAAACUCUUAAGGCUCACUUGCCCAAUGAACAAAGGUCCAGACAAGUCAUCCUCUAACUAAAUCAUUACCUAAAGGUGAUGUUACGCAGAACAAUUUGUAACAACAAUUUUUAGCACAACACAGUGUUACAAUGUUGGAAAAAUGUUGUAACUAUUCCAAACAAUGUCACAUAACGUUGCAAUGCUGUGUUGCACUGAAAAUCGUCGCUGCGAAUUGUCUCGUGUAAUCACCUGACAUGUAAGAAAAUCAAGUAUUGUAGCUGCCCGGGGCAAGCAAAAUGAGAGAGCUGCUUGCCCAAAGGACGUGCUGGAAUUCAAUUUUUUUUUCUUUCGAGCACUCAUCAUUAUCGCCAUACCCAAAAAUGAAAAAGAAUUAAAAUUAAACCAAAGAUAAAGUGAAGCAAAGCAUAUACAUUGCAUAAUUUUCUAGUGUGUUAUUUUUUCUUUUGUUGCGAAUCUGUUGUAUGUUUUUGUAAAUCGUCGUGGAUUCCUUUUGCCCCACCCUCCUCUUCCCCAAGGUGGGUCUGUCUGUGUUAGGUAAGUAUCUGGUCGGGUAAGUCUCUUCCACUGGAUCAGGUUCCACUGUGAUGAUACCAGCAGGAGCUGCUGUAGGCACCCUUAACAAAAUUUCUACCCUGUAACAGCUCUGUAGCAUCACUGGAACAGGGUUGUAAAACUAACAUGUGACAACCCUGUUACAGCUCGUCAUUUGGCACAGUUAGCAAGGCUGUUUCUACACUGUAGCAGCCUUGGAACAGCCCUGUCACGUUUAACUCAAAAUUUCUUGGUAGACGCCCUGUAACAGCCAUAUUACAACCCUGUUUCCACCCUGUGAUGGACAUCCCUGCCACAGCUCGUGAAUUAGCACAGUUAGCAAGGCUGUUUUUACACUGUGGCAUUCCUUUAACAGCCUUGGUACAGGUUUCAUGCAUCACAACCCUGUUACAACUUGUUAAGUGGCAGUUAACAAGGCUGUUUUUUUUACCAGGUGCCAAUGUUGUGAUACUCCAUCUCACACAAUCUACACUUUAGACAGCAGCCGUUUAACUUCUAUACAUUAGGAUUAUAGUACUAUCAGAACAUCAUUUUUUAUAACUUCAUAUCUAUUAAAGAUGAAACUUCAUCUUUUUUAGGCGUAUUUGAACUCAUGAAAAUUCCUGAAGCAAAGGAACGAUUUGCGCCACAAAAAGCUUCAAAGUUGAAGUACCAACGGCUGUUUUAGUCCGUUUAGUCACAAAGUACUUAAAACAAAAGCAAUGCAUUUCAACAAACAUGCAUUGAAAGAACACUUUCAAUAAAGGAAAACACUAAAUACAGUCAAUAAAGAACUUAACGUUACUUUAUUUUUCACGUGCCCAUGUUACAGUGUGUAAAAAUAUAAACAGAACAAAAUUUGAACUGCAUACAACAGUCUGAUCUGGCUUGUAAAUACUUGGUCAUAGUUGCUCGAUUUAAUUUACAACUAGCACAUCAAAAUGCCGACUUUACAAUAACUGUCUCAAAAAACAAAAAAACGAUUUUUGUCAGCAAUUAUUUAGAGAUAAAACGCGGAACUGUUCCAUUGUAAUAACGGUUCCGAGGUUGACACUUAUAAUAAUUCUUUUGUUUGGGUUGCAACAAGCUUAAUUUGAAAUCGCUCACCUCGAUCGUCUUUCCUUCAUGAUCCACAAUGUGUUGCAUUUCCUCAUGAAAAGAGCCAAUCCAUUUGUGUUUCAGUUGUUGCUGAAUUGUUCAAUGGUGUACGAAAUGAACUUGCAUUAUUACUAGGCAGGGCAAACAAUCUUUGAAUCUUGCAAGUGCCGAGGAAUGUUUUCUGUCCACUAGAUCGAUCUGUUUCCCAUUCGUUGAGAGUUGGUCAAAGCACAGUUAUUUUUUUGCUAAUACUUUUUCACUCUCUGCUUCAAAAGCAGCAAAAAAUGCUCUACAGCCUUUUUCAAUCCAAACUGGAUGCAGAAAGCGUUUGAAUAUUUUCCCCUUUCAUUCAAAUAAUCGUGAGUCGUUUCAGGAAUGGAGAGGUGUAAUGCGAUCUUCCGGUAAAAGUGCUGACCAAUAAGAUUAAGGUCUUGGAUUUCUCCAGGGAAUUACUGAUGGCGUGUGUCUGUCACGGAAUGAAAAUAUUUAAUUCCAUGCUUGCAGAGGUUUCUCGGGUAGGAAAACAAAUUGAAGUGAUCUCAAAGUCUUUCAUUUUUAGUACAUUGCUGUAAAAAAUUAAGUUACAGCGGGUUUUUUUAUUAUUUAAAAGAACAGGAAGAACAGGAGCUGAUGAAAUCAUAAGAAGGUCUGCGUUUUUAACAUGAGAUAAGAGUCUGAAAAGAAAGCAACUUCAAACUACAAAGGUAGCCACAACAUCGGUAAUUAAUUGAUGUAAGUAUCUAUGAAAAAAAAACAGAAAAAGAAAAAAACGAAGCAAAUCCAAACAAAACCAGAAACAGCAUACUAAAAGGUGUACAAUAAUCGUGUUUGAUGAUUUAGCGCUACCAUUUUCACCACGUUCUUUUUCGUUUUAUUUGUAUUAAUGAUCUAGCUGACCCUCGCUCCUUUUAACACUUUAGACUUUGAAAAAUAUUGCCAUCUUUCAUGAUUUAUGGAGUUUACCGUACUUGGCUACAUUGUUACUGCCCUUUGAUUAUAUCCAUUUUGUGAACAGAAAUAGACAUCUCACAGCUCUGUAGUAACCCGGUUACUGUCAAAUGUACCUAACACAGCCGUUCUGCAUCCCUGUCCUAGUUCUUCUGCAUUACUUGGUAGCCCUGUCUUAACCCUGUUAUGGUAACUGGAUAUUUUCACAGCCAUGUAACAGGCUUGUUACACUUAACUAUGUACACUUUUACAGCCCUGUCACUGCUCCACUUGUUUUAACUCAAGUAAGUUGCAGCUGUGUCACAGCCCUGUUACAGCCAGUUUACAGCCCUGAAAUAACGCAAACAUGGCUGGAAACAGGAUGUUACAGGGCUCUCACAUGGUUUUUGCAGGGUAGAAUUUUUUCUAAGGGCAUGGUUCCCAUUUGCAGGAUUACCAUGAAUACCUUCCUGCUGUGCCUGGUUUGUUUUAUGCCCUAGCCUGCUAACUUUAAAGGCACUACCAGUUCCCAAGCUCAUCAAUUGGCAAUGAGAUUAACUUUCAGAUUAUUUAUCACCCAAGGGAUGCAUUGCGCCUUAAUCUCCAUGGAACACAGAAUGUCAUAAAGUUGUGUAGGGGAAUGAAACAUCUAGAGGUAUGAAAAGUCCUUUUAAUUCUGUCAUGUAGACUCUCUUAGAUUAUGAUCCAAGAAUCUGUUGGAUAUACAUGAACAUACAUACCAUAAACUUUGGAUUACAUACCCCCCCCAACUUAUAAGUGCCCCCAUUUAAAAGCCUACCUACCUGUAAACAAAAAAGUGCAUCUGGUUAUAAGCACCCUCCCCAUGAAUAUAAGCCCACCUCUAGUUUGUAUUGAAAUGAAUUCGACUUUUUUGCUACAUUUUGAAGAUUAAAAAAGCAAUUAAAUUCCAAAAGUAUUCUGAUCAGCACUGCUAUGUAGCUUGUUUUGAAAGAAAAUUUUGGGUUUUUGAUUUUUAGACAUUCCAAAGCACUUUAAAAUAUUUUUUGUAUAAUUUUGAUGCAGUUAAGAAGUGGCAGAUAUAUGCUUGAUUUUGACUUCUUUUUUUUUCCAUUUGCUAUAGUAGAUUCUCAUUUAUUUGUUUCAUUAUCUUAUUUAACGCAUUUUUUUGUGAUCAUUUGUAUCACGAUAGGUUUUGGUGCAUGUAUCAACUGCAUAUGCAAACUGUGACCAAGACUCCAUUGAAGAAAGAAUAUACCCUCCACCUGUAGAUCCAGAAAAGCUUACUAGUUCCAUUGGGUAUGAAAUACUUCUGACUAUUUCGCUUCAAUCACAGUGUAACAGCAUGACCAUGCUGUCCAAACACUUCUUUAUGAAUCUUUUCUACCCCAAAUCUCUAAAGGAAAAUGGAAUUGUUUAGGGCUGUGCUAUACCAGUGAGUGCCUUGUAUUCCCUGGCAGUGUGCUUUAUUGCCUUUCGCUGUCAAAGAAAAUCUUAUUUUUGCAUAACACUGAAACGCUGGACACAGUUGAAAUCAGAGCUUUUGGGUGUCAUUUUUAUCUUACUACAGUGUAGCAAAACACCUGAUAAAAUAAAGACCUGAUAUCUCCCUUGUGAAUUUCCAUUACAAUCUCUUUUCAAUGAGUUGAUAAUUGAGGACUUGAUCACCCAAACUGUCGUUUCUCAAAUCUGUUAUUUGUGCUACGUGUUAGCCAGAGGAAAAACUUGACAUUUUGCGACGCCCCCACUGUUUUCCCCAUGAAACGGCGUCUGAGAAACCCGUGCAGAAACUCCAUACUUAUGACACAACACUGCCCACAUCUGGGUAGUGCUUCUUACUGGUUGAAAAUUUGCUUCAUCUAAUCAGAAGCCUUUAAUAAAUUUCAGUUAUAAAAAUACAAGAAACUAUAUUGUAUUUAAGAAAACUGGGGAAAACGUCAAACAGGAUUUGACAUUGCCUUACAAGGAGGUCACCACAAGUAAAUAACAUAAUUAUUAGACUAUUUUACUACCCAGAUCUGGGUAGUGACGCAUCUUCAGUAUGGAAUUUCUGCAGUCGUUUCUCAGGGCUCAAAAUAAAAAAAAUCCUCAGGUCGCCUUUUGGCGACCAACUGGAGAAAUAUAGUCACCAGAUGCAAAUUUUUAGUUGCCAGUUUGUACAAUGUAAAUAAAGCAGCUCAUAGUUUGGUGCGAUCCAUCAGAUUUGAUUGGUUGAAAAUAUGGCGGACAGAAGUCGGUUUAAAUUUGGCGGUAAACUGGCUUUGUUUAUGCAAUUUGGCACAUUUUUUAUAACGAAAGCAAAGCACGAUAAGAUGAAGUGUUUGUUUUUACUUUACUCUGUUAAUUUAAAUCUAAAUCAUAGCGAAAUCUGGUGGCCAGCAUGGCAACUAAACUAGAAUUUUUAGCUGCCAAGGAAAAACUGUUAGUUGCAUUGGCAACAACAUCAGUCACAAUUUUGAGCCCUGUUUCUCAGAUGUUAUUUUGUGGGGAAACCAUUAGUGGCAUCACAAAAUGUCAUCUGUUUUCUCAGGCUAGCUGCCCACAAGUGAAAUCCUUUGUAUUAGACAUUAAGUGCAUAAGAUUCUUACGGCAAUAUUAAUGAAAUGUUUAUUGUUGUUCUUUUGUUUAUUAUUGUAAUAUUUUCAUUUUGAACAGCUGGAUGGAUAAUAACAUGGUGAAUGCUCUUACACCACAUUUAAUCGGCAAGCGACCUAACACGUAUACCUUUACCAAAAGCUUGGCUGAGCAUGUGUUGCUUCAGGAGGCAGACAAUUUUCCCAUUGCAAUUUUUAGGCCGUCAAUCAUUGGUGCAGCAUGGAAGGAACCUUUUGAGGUGGGGGGCACUUAUCACUGUCUGUUUCCCAGGAAUAUGAGGUGUCACAUUAGCUUUGUGAGAUACAGUGGCAUCUCCAUGUAACGAACCUCUAUAUAAUGAAGACCUCGAAACAACGAACGAUUUUCUUCACCCCUGUAACAGUAAAAUAUAUGAAAAAGAACCUCGAUGUAGCAAACAACUUUUGCCGUCCCUUGGCCCUUUGUUAUAUUGAGGUUCCACUGUUUAUACUACAGAAAUUUCUGCAAUUUGAUUUGCUUAGAGCAGUGGCAUUUCAGCUUAAUUUGAAAUAUCUAAAUGUGAAAAUUACAAACCUUUUGCCGGUAUUAGUAUAAACAAAUAACAGCAUGAUUUGUACAUGAUAUUUGGCAUAAAUAGCACUGGUGACAUUUCUAAAUUGUCUCAAAUUUCACUCGCCUAAUGGCUCGUAUAACAAUUUUGAAAUAUCACUCGUGGUAUUUAUACCAAAUAUCACUACAAAUCGUGCUAUUACCUAUACAUGUACGGAGGAAUUUACAGAAGUCUAAGAAUUUCUUGUUGAUCUGGCAGCCUUAUUUUAAUUAAUAGGCCAUUUGCAAGAUGCAGGGCUGUCAUUCACAGCCAGCAGUGGGCUUUUGUAGUAGUAAAAUCAACCAGCUACUCUGAGUUUGAAAAUGAGUCAAACAUAGCAUAUAUAUGAGGAUUUGUGGGAUAAAUGACUGGCUACUUUCCCCCAGAAAUAAAAUUUUAAUGAUUUUAAUCAUCCUAAUGUGACUACUAGGAUCCUUUUUCACUUUUCCUUUCAUGUUUUAUUUGGUAAUCCUGGUGAGAUUUAAAUAACAAAAGCUACAGUUUGUGAAAGAAAGCAAACCCUGAAGAAUUCUGGUCAUACUGGUAGUGAUAAAAUGACAACAUUGACAUAAAGAUGGUUUAUUCUGCAAUAGUUGUUUCAAAGUAUUUGGUACUUGAAUUCACUAAAUACAACAAAGUACUCCUACAACCAGUAUCUUUUUUUGCAUGUUGGUAGCAUCUUGAAUAUGGUAUCUUAACAUGACCUGUUUAUACCCUAGCAAGGCUCUGAGCUGAGGCCUUACUUAAUAUUCUUUUUUAGGGGUGGGUUGAUAAUUUCAACGGGCCAAGUGGACUUUUUGUUGCUGUAAGUACUAGUGAAACUCUGAUCCAGCCUGCCUUAAAUCUCUCUGAUUGCAUGAUGAUAAUUUAUAGAGUAUUUCGCUGAUUGACAGGACUUACAAUUGCCAGGAAUACUAGCAUUUUGUGACCUUGUUUCUCAAAUUGAGACCAAGUACCAAAACUUUCACUGGACAGUGAUUUUGAUCUGUGUGACUUUAACACUAUAGUAUUAUAUCAAAGACUUUAACCCACACUUGGCUCCACUGGAAAGUACUUUUUCUCUUAUUAAUGUGAAUGUUCACACUUAAGGGUUAAUGCUUCACACUUUGAACAUAAUAAUACAGUUCUUUAAGGAACUUCUUGACAAUGGCUUUCAUUUGAAUGUGCUAGAAUGAUAGCAGAGUUGUCACCAAGGCCCAGUGGCUGGGCAUUUCCCGUGACUACCAUCAGCAUGACCUUCGGCUUUUUUCAUAGGAAACAACAGGAGAUGUUCCUAAAUGUUCGAUUCCCUGCCUACCAAUAUUGUAUGUGCGUGACAACCUUAAAUCUUAGUCACAGCCCUGUGAUAGAUUUUGCUCUUCAGCCACAAAGCAAUUGGGACUGAUGCUUUAGUGAUCUUGAUUUUUACUUGUAACAUCACUUGUUUUUGUUUUGUUUAGGCUGGAAAAGGAAUGUUGCGAUCAAUGAUGGGUGAACUCAAUGCUGUGGCAGACAUAAUCCCUGUAGAUUUCUCUGCUAACAUGAUGCUCGCCAUUGCCUGGCACAGAGUCACUAAAAAGUGAGAAUUGCUGACCUUUCUGAGUUGAGGGUCCUCUUAUUUGGUCGUAUUGUGGAAUACAUGUAGAUAAGCGUGUCUUUAACUGAACUGUAAUUUUUCAUUGUAGGCAUUCAGGUAUCCCAAUCUAUCAUCUUACAACGGGAUUGUUGAAUGGAUGCACCUGGGGAGAAAUAUGUAAGCAUUGCAUUUAACAGUAAAUAUAAGAAAUAGUUGAUUCUUCUCUCAAGAAUCUCAGUGUUCUCAACGUUUCUACUGAGAUUCCUCUUCCCUGUGGGACCGUAUAUCAAGUGGUUAAUUUUGUUUUAGCAUGGCUUGGAAUAAAUGCAAAGGUUGGAUCGGUGUUUGAGUAGAAAAAAACGGGAAAAGGAGAAGACGACCAGUCCUUGAAAUUUUGUAAAACAAACUAGAAAUUCGUGUCUCGCAAAACCGUAGACCGCGAGCAGUCUCUUAUUAGGGACUUUAAGUAAACAGCUACAGCGAUCUCUACUACGUCGGUCGUGAGUGCGAAGUCCUGGGGAGAGUACGUCACCGUAUCAUGCGGCCUUUAAACAAUAGAGAGAUUUAGAGUGACGUUUACGGCAAACGGCAAACGCGAAAUUCAAGUUGAGAAAUACCAAAUCGGAUUAUUUAGUGUUAUUGCUGAAUGAUAUAUGUAAUUCUUUUCAAAGUUUCGUAGCCAUCGCGUUAAAUUUUGUCUUAGCUCAAUGCGCCUGUAUUAACAAGACACUCUUAAAGUGUUAACUCGAGGUUGCUUGGAGAUUAGAUAAGAAAUGAAGAGGAGAUAAAUUCUUAAGGAGCCUGUGUGCAGGCAUAGGUUACACAGUAACUACUGACUGCUUUAUGGUACAUAGAAUAGUCAGACUAAACUUAAACUGGUAAAACAUUAUAGUUCAAUCCUUACAGUUUACAAAUCUAAAGUGAAAAUUUCCAAUGAUGUCUAGGCGAUAAUGCAGUGUAAUUUCAAACAAUCUUCCACAAUCAAAGGCAAUACUAUGAGGCAAAGAUCGAGACCUUGCAAAUCUACGACAUCAAGGAAACAUUAAUGAAGACGUCAGUAUGAAAAAUAAAUACACAUUUCCCAGACUAGAAAACCUCGAAAAUAAAUGGAAAUAGACUAGUUCAAUUUGUAGACUAGUAGUUUCCAUUGACUGAUGAAGUGCUGCAAGUAGAGUGCGUUACAGCAUUUAUAAAGUGCAACGCGACUGCACAUCUUAACAACUGCAAAAAUCUAUCAAUAAAAUACAUCUAUUUAACCACAGAGUUCCAGUAAUUCCGUCAACAUUCUGAGAAACGUGAUGCCUCAAUACACCACGAAACAGGAUUUGUUUCACGUCCCACUUUAUCGACGGUCGAGUAUUCUUCAGGGUAUUUGCUUUUUAAUACGCGUGUAUGAAUACACGAAAAUCAUGGGCCUUGAUUCAGGGAAAAUUACGUCAUUGCCAAAAAGCCAGAACGUGAUCAACUACGCGCAUCACCUCAAUCAUCGCCGUAAAUAAACCACAUGCUCAUCACGAGUCUCACUAAAAUUUGUAUACAAUGAAAGUCGUCACGAUUCUUUUGCCCAGUUUCCACGUUCUCCGCUAGGAACGCCUGGGAGCCCAACCUCCCUUUUGCGUCCUAUAUACAAAGAAGAACACGGCUUGCAGAUUAUAGCUCUCGGUGCUACGCAACUUCGAGUGAUAAGAGAACCACCUUAAGGCAAUGCUUUAUGUACAAUAAAUUAUUACAAGAACUUAUAAAAUAUACUUGUUUGAUAGUGAUUUAAACGUAGUGCGCAAGUGCGGGCGGGGGCAAUUCUGCUGCUUUUGAUGGAAACAACGUGAUCAUUUCAGGUUCACAUGUUAGUGCGAGUUUCCAAACAUAUCCCUUUGAGGGUGUCUUCAGACGGCCAAACUUCGCCUUUGAGUCAAGAAAGUGAGUAGUACUAUGUAACUCUCGUUUAUUCGUCCGUUUCUCUGUCUCGGGUCUCUGAUUUUGUCAUUUACAUGUAAUUUCUUUGCUUACUUUAAGUUCCAUGGCGAUUGAGGGCGAGUAAUUGGCAAAAUUAAACAAAACGAACUGGACUGCCGUGACACAGCCCCUUUAGUUCUUUACUUAGUUAUUACUUGGUGCCUUAACCCAUACACAAAACCUCUUGUUACCGCGAACAGUGCACAACAAUUGGCUUCUAACGCGGUUUUGUUAAACACCAGCUCAACUCUGAAUUAAGUACUGGUUCGAAUGCUUGGCUCGGUGAAUGAAUGAGAAAGGUAUUAUUUUUAUAAUAAUUAUGGGGAGCUUUGGACACAGUAAGUUAUUUUACCCGUUGUCACAAAAUUCACAAAUGAUUGCUGAUCUACACGAACACUGCAUGUGUAACUAAGUGACAGGUUUAUUGUGCGAGGUCUUUGAUAUUUGUUUGAUCAUGUAAACCUGAAAACAGUUUUCAGUUCUUUUUAUUAAGGUUAGCUAAUUUUUUGUCCUUUUUUGCAGGCUAAUGCACUCCUACUGGUGUUACAUCAGUCAUAAAAUUCCAGCGUUUAUCGCAGACAUGACGUCAUUUUGCGCUGGACAGCGGCCAAAGUGAGUGUAGUCGCCAUUUGACCAACAAUGUUGGGAGUUUUUGUGUCCGUUUGCACGUAGCUUUAGACUAAAGCACAUCGCUGGCCAUACUACAAAACUCCAGCAUUAGAAAUAUAUGUUAAGGAAAAUCUUGUCAAAAUUCUAGAAUCUGAAGAUUCCUUUGUUGAAGUUGAUGCGCUAAUUAAUAAGGUGAAAAAUUAAUUCUAUUUUAGUUCUAGCUUUUCUUCUUGACAUAUUUUAAUUUGUUCUUCAUUAACUGUUCCCCACCCCCCCCUUCGGCAUUACGUUGAAAUUCAUGUAUUAAUUAAUAUAAUGAAAAAUUAACUUGAGUUCAGUUUGUAGCUUUCCUCUUCGCAUAUUACAUUUUACUUGUCUUCGUUUGUUUGGUUUUUUUUUUCUUAAUUACUAAUAAUAUGAAGUCUAGCGUACAUAUGUUGCAAAAAGUUUUAAGUUAAUGUAUAUUUUCUGUGUGAUAAAAUGUAUACAGUGGAGCCCCGCCUUAUGGUCACCUCGUUAUUACAGCCACUUUUUUUGGCUGCCCGGUUAAACGACCCUACAUUUCCUUGAAAAAAAAAAAAACCCUCGUUAAAACGGCUUCCCCGUUGAUACCGCCGAAUUUUUUUGGCCCAUUGGUGACCGUAUUAACGGGUUUCCACUUUAUCAAUACAAAGGUAGUUUUGUACUUAGCCUCGCUUUGAAACAGAGGCCUCGGUGCAACUCGGAAAUGGCCUAUUCGGUCUGCAAUCGUACGAGUAAUUAAGAAACAUUAAUGAGGGUUUUGCUUAAUCAUCGUAUCACUACACUGAGUCCGAAUUGGACGUCACGAACUUCGUCUUUUACCAACAAAUCAAAACUAAAAUAAAACAAGAGGUAACAAUUUGUGAUAAUUUCAUUUUUGUGUGUGCGUAAGUAAAAUACAAGUUUCGCUAGACCUUACGAUCCUACAACGGCGAUCCCAGUGAAUACGUCGCUAUAAAAUAGACUCCGUAUCCUUUCACCUUUUUCGCGGUUUAUCGAAUUCGCUCAGUUACUUAAAAGAAGGGAAAUUUUAGGUUGGAGCUGAAGAGAAGGGACCGCGUCCGAGUUCAGACAGAGAUAGUAAAAUUUCUCGCCUUGCCGUUCCCUUUAAAAAUUUGAGCGUUUCACAUCGUAAACGUGCGGAGUUGUGUUUGCUUCCUAAGCCUGUUAGACCGCCACGGCACCGAGAACGUCAAAAAAGCAAUACUCGAGAGCGCGAAGAUCUAUCGUUUCCAAAGAAGCACGCGCUCGCCGAAGUUCGGUAGCAUUAAAUUCCUCGCUGAGAGUGUGCAUCGUGCGCUACAGCACGGUUAGGAUAGAGGUCUUACCAAAUUCAUGACACGCAGGAAUCUUUCAAAUUAGUACGAUUCAAAAGCCUUUGACCCGUCCAGGCGUUAAACUUGACGAGAAGAUGAGCAUUUGCUCUUCGACUACCUUGUAGUAGUGUAGUGGGUUAUGUGUAUGAAUGAAUUUAUGGCGGUCAGUAUAAAACACGGACUACGGACUGCGGACUGGGUAUAAAAUACGGACUAUAAAAUACGGACUGGUAAAAUUUAUGGUAAAUAAAGGCACUUCUUCUUCUUCUUCUUCUUCUUAAGGACUCCCCAAGAUCACGGGGAGAAAUGAAUGUGAGUUUGAGCAUUACCUUUAAAAUAACAGCGGAAAUCGAGAUAAGAAAACAUAAGCUAAUGUUUUGCGUCCUACUUCGCGGAGGAGUUGUGUCGGCUUUGUAUCGCAGAUGUUCUUUCAUUGCCAUGAAAUGCGUUUACAUUGUUUUUUACUGUCAGUAGCCUGGUUUCAAUUAGCCUUAAUUUCAUCCGAUUGCUUCGAGUCGUUUUUUCAAUCGGUUAAGUAUGGCUCGAUCGUUUUCCCCGGUCGUUUGCCGGCGGAAGUUCCAUGGAAAAGGCAUUAAACUUGAGACUUUUCGCCAACUCAUGCGGCCAUCCUCGUGGCGUAGUGGCUAUGUGAGGUCGGGUAAACCCGAAGGUACCGGGUUCAAAUUCUGCUAAAGGCCUUUUUUUUCCCUUCUUCCUUUUUUUUCUUUUUUGUUUUGUCUUGUUUGUUUAUUUUUUUUUUGCUGGGUUUUUUUGUUUUGUUUUUAAAUAUAUACUUAAAUAACUGUUACUAAAGUGCAAUAAACAGCAAGAAAAGUAUUGUUUUUCCAGAACAAAGAUAGUAUAUUUAUAAUCUGAAUUUCUAUCAAAUUCACUGUGGGAAAACCAGAGGUGAUAACUAAUUGAUUAUUUUCUAAACAACGUACCCACGAGUUGACGAUAGUCUUUCUUUGAUUUCUCUUUCGUCGAUGCUAAAGCUCCCUAGUGUGUUGUCCCCGUUGCCGUCGUCUUCGUGCUUUCGUAAGGUAUAAAUUACUUAGGCAUUUAUAUGGAGUCAUCAGAGCAUAACCUAUUUAUAUUCCUUAAUUUAUCUGACGUCAUCACUUCUCUUCUCUAUUACGCUCGACUUAAAUUUUAUGAUUUAGCAGAAACGUCUUGUGAAAGGGAGCUAAAAAUGGGCUCCUUGCGUUGAAGGGUGAAACGACUAUUGAAAAACUUCAUACAACAGCGAAUUGUUUUAUUAUUAUGUACAGGAUGAAUAAGCUUUAUGGAAAACUGGAGAGAGCCACCAGAAGUUUGAUCUACUUUACAACAAGAAGCUGGGAGGUAACAAAUAUCAUCUUGGGUUUACAGUUUAACCUCUCCCUACGGACACCUCUCUGUUACGGACGGUUCGUUUGGUCCCAGAAAUGCCAAAAAUCGUACAUUCAUUACCUCUAUAGAGUGUUUUCUUUCACGUGGCCAGCAUACCUACAAAUUUAUUGUAACAAAAGAAAGAGUUUGCAUAAGAAAAGAGUUCAACUCCCAGGGGACUGGUUUAGGACACCAACAUGGCCGCCGUUUCAUUGUUUUGGGACACCAAUAUGGCCGCCGUGACGUCAUGUGAAAACACUCUAUAAUACGGACACCUCUGUAAAGCGGACACUUGGUUCUGUCCCUUUGGUGUCCGUAUUAAAGAGGUUUGACAGUAUUACUUUAAAACAUUCAUUGGUUCACUUUGUGGUUGAUUCAACUUAUUUUUUCUAUGUUCCCACCAAUGGCGUAGCUCCACCGUUCGAUACGUAAACCACGCACAAUCCCGCACAAUUCGCUGUGACGAAGAAUUACGCUUAGCCUGCGAAAAAAUACCGCCACCUGUCCUUGUUCCCCUUAACCCUUUAAGCCCCAAGAUCUACAUACAGAUUCUCUACACUAAUGUCCAUACAUUUCUUUUAAGAAUAGUGGAGAGAAUUUGGUUGGAGAUCAAAGUAUUCUCCCUUUGGUAAUCAAUUUAGUAGUUCUCAUAACCUUUACUCGAUGAUCUGCUGAUGUUGUUGGGAGAAAAUUUAUGUUGGUCACUCUUGGGACCUAAAAGAUUUAAAAAAAACGGCCCUAGGAGAGACGGCCGUAUUCGCAGGCUAGCUAAGUUCGAAAUGUCAGCUUUUGAAUCUUUUUUUUUUUCGGUGAUAAAUUUAUUUUGAUAGCUUCGUUAAUAAAAUCAAAUUUUGUGUUUGACUCCCCACCGACACUGCGCCACAGUUCCUUUUGAUGCAACUAAGGGGGCGUUCCGCUGGAAUGACCCGGAACAGGCUCAGUAAUCGGAUCGAUCGGAUUAUAGCACAUCAAAGGAGACGAUAAAUUAAUCCUUUUGAAAGACUUUCAUUGGUUCAUUUGAUUUACCAUGAUUCGAGUAACCUCGGAUCACUGAUUCUAAUACGAAUCAUCCCAAAGGAACGCAUCCUAAACCCUUCGUGACAAUUUUUGGGCGCCACUUUUUGAGUUUAAAACCGGUCGUGACUUGCUGGUAUGCUUUUUUCCGCGCUUUUCGCCGGGGACACGUCCUUGGUUUAAUAUCUGAUUGGUUCAUUUGAUUAUCUUCUGUAACUGUGAUUGGCGAGACAAAGUUCAGUCGAAGCGUCCCUAAACCCGACACCCGCGGGCCUACGGUUAUGUUCUAUUGAAUGAAGAGUUCAAGCGGCUGUACGUGGAGUGGCCGUUUUAAAGCGAUUAGUUUCGACUGAUUUUAAGUUAUUCGACUGAAAAAUGCUCUGUCUUCCUAGCUUUGUUCUUGUUGUUGCUGAAUAUGUUUUCACGAAAUGAAUGUUGCUGUGAUUUGCAGUUUUCAAUGGAGAAUUAUCGCGGUUUGAUACAGGACAUGAGUCCACAGGACCGAGAGGUUAGUCGGCCAAAGCAGUUUUCUUUGUUGUUGUGACAAAUAAUAAUAUUAGUGUGUGUAAAGAAAUGGUUAUGAGUGAAAUUAUAAGAAUUUUGACAAAAUGCAGGUGAAAUCAUUUCUUGAUUUCACCAGUAUAUUACCUUUUUGUGUCAUGGGUGACAAUAACGCUUAUCGUGAGUUUUGACUUGUUGGUAUCGAAAACUCCAAGUACUGAAAAGUUUAAAACAUACAUUAAAUAUUCAGAAUUUUCCGAAUUUUUUGCUAAAAUACCCGCUAGAAUCCUUGUUGAUAAAAUUUGUGCUCCUUCCUGUGUUUAGACCUGUACUCCUUAUUGUCUUUAAGUGCCCUAACAUCUUCAUUCGUGCUAUCUUUAAACCUUGACGCCAUCUGGUACAAACGUAAAAUUGUCUUAGCAAUUUUGCCGUAAUUUCACAUGUGGAUUCAACGCUGAAAUUUUGCGCAAGAAUUCAGGAGCAAUUUGUCACCCAUGAUUUUAUUUUCACUAUCAUACGCUUGUUCCCUUUUCAGAUUUUUAAUUUUGACGUGGAAAAAAUUGAGUGGGAAAACUAUCUUAAGCGGUUUACCAUCGGCCUUAAGACAUUUCUGUUGAAAGAAGAUCUGGCUAAUCUUCCAGUGGCACAUAGUCGGAUCCGCAAGUAAGUGGUCAAAUAACUGUUACCUUUCAUUUUGCAAGCGAGUGGUUCCAGAAAGUAUGCAUUCAUUCUUACUUUCUGUAUAGGGCCAUUAAAGGUGGAUUUCCACCGUCGCGUAAUUUUUACGUGCGUACAUGUUACGCGCGUAAAUAAGAUAGAGGUAAUGUACGGAAUGUCCCGCGUAAACGUAAGAGUUGAAGUUCGCUCAAGUUUACACUCGGUUUUUCAUACAUUGCCUUUAUUUUAUUUACGCACGUAAAAUUACGCGACAGUGGAAAUCCCCUCUUAUUGUAGAUAUAGCGCGUACUCUUAACGGCUUAUCAGAUCACGACUGUCAUUAAAUCCAGAAACAUUCGUCCCCUUUGCUGGCUAAACGAUAGUGACGUCAGAUUUUACUUACAUGAUUUAUCUGACAAAAAACGUGAUCUAAUCUGCGCAUAAAGUCAAGAACUGCUGAUAUGAGCAAAGAGCACUCUUUUACUAAAGCACUUCUCCUAUGUUGUUUUCCAGACUGCGUAACAUUCGUUGGACGAUGUACUUUUGUUUGUUUCUGUUCGUUUCGUGGCUCAUAAUUAAAAGGUUCCCAGCCGCACAGACCGCUUGGACACAGUGCUUAUCUGGUGUCCACAAGCUGGCCCGGGCCCUGGAGCCAUUCAAGCUGUCUAACUCGAAGCCUUGACUUUUCAGGUCUUCCUAGGGGUGGGCUCCAAAAAGUCCGGUGCGCUAUUACACACGAAACUAUUUUUGUGUAAGUAAUGAAAACAGAGAUAAAUUUCGUGGCACAUUAUCAAGGAGUUCCCAGCUGUACAGACCGUUUGGUUCCGGUGCUUAUUUGUUGUGCCUAGGCUGGCCCUGGUACUUGAACCUUUAAUGGUGUCCAACUAGAGGCCAUUUGCCACGAACUAUCAAGGUCCUUUCAGGGGUGAAAAGAGUGAUAUUGGUCAGAAUUUGAAAAACAGUAAUCAUAAAUUACUUUAGAAAGUUAAUUAAGAAAACUAUCAGCAAAUCUCAUGAUGAAUAAGAAAUGAAAAGUAGGUUUAGGUUGAUCAGUUAUAGUAGUUUGUCAGAUUGUUUAUUUAUCGUUGUAAAAACACUAAAAUCAUUCAUACCAAGAGAUCAUAAUUGGACCAAUCAUAAUCUGUUGUUUAUACUCUGAACGUGAAAGCAUGCUUAUGAUGAUUGCCCUUAGAAUACAAGGAUAAUUUAGCUUGAAAAGUAGGGAUAACAAAGAAUUCAGGUUACUGUAUGUCUUGACAUUGAACAUUUGGGAAGUUUGCAGUGGUGCACUCGCAACAUUUAAAUCGAUAUUUUUUAUAACUGAAUGAAACGAAACAUGUUGUAAUCAUAAAAAAUGAAUAAUUAUUAAGUGAUAUGUCCUUGGGAUUUCCUUACUAGUUAGAAAAUUGAAAAAAAUAGCAGUUUAAUGGAACGAAAAGGUAAAGAACAUGUCCUCCUCCCUUUCAAAUAUCCUUCGCGCGUUGCUGUUUGCAAAGUUCCUUCCAUUUCUUUAUUUGCUUAUUGCAAACUUUUAUGACUGAUUCUCCGCUUAUUUGCCCGUCUAUUUUAACUCUUGGCCCUUUAGGUAAACAGCAUGUAACUUAAAAUAUCUCUUCUUAAUGUAAUGUAAAGGUUAUGAGGACAAAGGAUGAUAUCCAAACUAAAAAAGGUCUUGGUCGUUAAAAAAAAAGAAAUAGAAAAAUUUCCGUAGAAAAUUUAUUGAACACGGUUUGGAGUAAGUGCAUGCCGCGAUAAGUGUUUAUACGAUUACGGGGGAAUUAACGUUAGUUUAAUCUUUUUUGAAAUGUUUUGUAUGUCUUUAGUUUAUACGAUAUCCUUUUACCUACCGUACUGUUAUUCCGCAUUGUAUGAUCAGAUCAUU